CCUCGCCGAAAACGUCGCACACCAAACAGCGCCCGCCACUGCGUCGAGUUAUAUUCGAUGGCUCCGUGUCAGAACUGCUAGGUCCCAUUCCUCAUUUUGAACCCGGCAUUUGUCGUGCCCCUUUCGAUUACAUUGAGAGUGAGAGUGAGUGUUCAGAAUUGCCCCGCCAUUCCGACACAUCCAAUGGAUACAGGCGCCCGUGGAGGAAAGGACACUGCAACAGCGGAUGAACAGCCAUACUAUGAUCUUGGUACAUAUAGUCGCCCGGUAACUACCAAGAGUAAGCUGGCUCAGACUUGGUUCGAUCGUGGUCUGCAAUGGUCGUACGCAUUCAAUCAUGAAGAAAGCGCUACUUGCUUUCUGAGAGCAAGCGAGGCGGAUCCAAGCUGCUGCAUGUCGUUAUGGGGAAUAGGCUAUGCACUGGGACCUAAUUACAAUAAGCCUUGGGAGGCCUUCGAUCCAGAUGAGAAGGAAGCGAAUCUCCAGCAAGCCAAGGACUCCCUCCUUGCGGCAGAGCGAGCUGCUCAGGCAGACGCUUCACCUGUCGAGAAGGCAUUGAUAAAUGCGCUUCAAGCUCGAUAUCCGAAUGACAGGAGUGGCGACGAUUACGCGAAAUGGAACCAAGACUAUGCGCGAGCUAUGAAGACAGUCUACGAUGAGUCUGGUGACGAUCUCGAUGUGGCUGCCCUAUAUGCUGAUGCACUGAUGAACAUCACACCAUGGGCGCUUUGGGACAUACGAACAGGGGAGCCGGCUGAAGGCUCUCGAACGCUCGAAGCGAAGGCUGUAUUGGAUCAGGCCUUUGCACGACCCGGAGGAAACGACCACGCGGGUCUCCUACAUCUCUGGUGUCAUCUGAUGGAAAUGUCUGCUCGACCAGAAGAUGCUAUUCCUAUUGCGGAUCGACUACGAGGUCUGGUACCUGACGGCGGACAUCUGCACCACAUGCCAACUCACUUGGACGUCCUUGCCGGCGACUGGCAGAAUGCGAUCACAUCGAACAGUCAAGCGAUUGAGGCGGACGAGCGGUAUCUCGCUCAAGCAGGAGCAUCGAACUUCUACAGCCUGUACCGCAGUCACAACUACCAUUUCAAAGUCUAUGCGGCCAUGUUUGCUGGCCAGUAUCAGACUGCUAUCGACACUGUCGCUCGGUUGGAAAGCUCGCUACCUGAAGAUCUGCUGCAAACACCUAGCCCUCCAAUGGCAGAUUGGCUCGAGAGCUUUUUGAGCAUGAGAGUACACGUGCUCGUCCGCUUCGGCAAGUGGGACAGCCUACUCGCAUUACAGCUACCUACGGAUCCAAAGCUUUAUUGCGUGACGACAGCCAUGAUCAGAUAUGGUCGUGGGGUAGCAUACGCUGCAACUGGACAUGUUGACAAUGCAGCAACAGAACAGGAAGCAUUCCGCGCAGCUGUCUCUCAGGUUCCAGCGAGCAGGACAUUGUUCAACAACACAGCUGUAGACAUUCUUGCAGUCGCAACGGCAAUGCUCGAGGGCGAGCUAGAGUACCGCAAAGAGAGCUUUGAUGAGGCAUUCGCGCAUCUGCGGAAAGCUGUAGAAUUGUCAGACAAUCUGCCAUACGACGAGCCUUGGGGUUGGAUGCAGCCUCCACGGCAUGCACUAGGAGCGCUCUUGCUCGAACAGGGGCACGUUGAAGAGGCCGCUGAAGAGUACAAAGCUGAUCUCGGUCUUGAUGAUACCUUGCCUCGAGCGCUGCGGCAUCCGAAUAAUGUUUGGGCACUGCAUGGGUAUCACGAGUGUUUGACGAGAUCUGGGAAGACUGAUGAAGCAGAGAGUGUCAAAAGGCAAUUGAAAGGGCUGUCUGAGAAGUCGGAUGUCAAAGUGACAAGCUCAUGUUACUGUAGAGGUGCAGCGCCAAAGCUGUAA